AUGUUUCCUAGCAGCCACUCCGUUCCCACACUCACCUCCUUCCUAAUGAAUUUUCGUCGGAACGUGCUCGGGCUUUGCCAGGGAAGACCUACCACCCCAUCUCAUCUAGAGAUAGAUCUGAGCUGGGCAAGUCUCCAUAGCUGUCUGCGUGGUCUAUACGACGAGAGUCUAGAAUCGUACUUCGACCGAUCUUGGAGGAUUGCUAAUUACGAGGCCAAAGGAAACGAUCUCUACAAAGGCAUAGUGCAUUUCUGUACCAGCCACUUGAUGAACACAGUUGGCAGAAAACUAUCUCGUAUGUAAGUAUGCGAAGCAUUGCGAAUUUUUACCCUAAAAAAAGAAAUAAGUUUCUAAAUAAUAAUAAGGACGAAUUUAACAACAAUACUAGGAAACAUGUACUUGCCAUCCAACCCCAGUUCGCUCGCGAAUGCAACAAUUAUAACCUCGUUGGCUCUGAUUAUCAUUAUUACUACCAAUUGAUUUUUAAUGUUGUUGUUGUUUUUCUUUCCUGUCACGUACCAGAAGGGGUUAAACGGAAUUUGAGGAAAUACCUCAAUCCUUCAGAACAAAAAUUAUGAUUACUCGACUUCACUGAGAACUAUCAAAUCAUAAAUAUUAGCCUGGUUGAAAUAUCGACCUGUUUAACCUAUGACAUAUCUCGUUGUCUUUGUCUUUCUCUAUGAAGGAAUAUCGGCAAACACAUUAAGGAGUUUGUUCUUCGUGGAAUGGGAGUGCUUGUCAACUGUACAAAAUUGUCCAGGCUGCUUGAGUUGUCGAGCGCUUUGGUAGUCUGUCUCACUGCGAAGAAGGAGGGUCGCAGUUUGAAUGAAGACAAGACACUGUUAUUGGCUGCCAUUGAUCGGAUUUCACCCGCGGAGUUGGACGCCUUAUGCGCGCAGAACGAGAAACAGUCCCAGUUCGAUGAUGCCAGUCUUGAGAUGGAAGAAACUCUUAGUGUGAAGAUCAGAGACAUUCCUCCCUUCUCUCGAGCUCUAAAACGAAAGAGCGCUGCUAAGUUGGCAAAACUGGAUGAAAAACCAGAACAGCCGGUCAAUCUUCUGAAUUGUACCAAAGUCGUGGAGUACCUCCAAACUUAG